AUGUUAGAACAUUUAACCAAACCCUGCCAUCAAAGGUUACAGAUUUUGCAAUGGCUUUUUUCUAAAAUUGAUGGAAAACUGGCUGAAAUGAUUGAAGCCAACAAAUUCACAGAAGAAGGAAAACAAACAAAAGAUUUGCUUAACAUGGCAUCUACGCUGGGAUUUUGCAGCUUAGACCAAAUUGACCUCAUCAAGGGUUCUGCGUCCGCAAAAGAUCAGUUUGAGUUUCAGAGAGUUGAUAAGGAGCAACUUGAAUUACUUUGCCAACAUCUGGAAGAAUCCCUGUUGGAGCUUAAAGAAGAGAUUGGAAAGUUCAAUUCUUGUUAUAAUAAUGAAAUGAAACUCUGGUGCAACAAGCAGCCAACGGCCCCCACAAGACUAGGACCCGUAUUUGAAAGGGCACAUACGCUACUUAAUAAUUUUGAAUCUAUGUUGGUAACAUUCGACGACAUCCACGUCUCAUCUGACAAGAUUGAAAACCUGAAGACCUCUGAAACAUCAAAUCAAAAUCUGAGAAAUACAAGUGAAGGAUUUUUAUUGGACUUCAAAGAAUUAUUGAACACUCUAGAAGUUUCUGUCAAUAACCAUCGACAAGACUCUAUCGAAACAGACCUCAUCAAGAGAAUAUUCCUUUUUAUUCUUUGUCUCGUUCUCUCCCUGUCUCUUUCAUUUGGCAAUGAAAAGCAAGAUGUCGACUCUGUAUACAAGAAAUAA